AUGUCAGAGAAGCGCGACUCUCAAGAGAAGACCGAUGGGUCAAGCUCUCUCGAAAAGGGUGCCGUUCACGACUAUGUCGUGCAACAGACCGACGAUCGCUACCACUUCGACGCAGCCGAUCUCGACCGCGUCCAGCGCAGGCUGAAGCAGCGCCAUGUCCAGAUGAUUGCUAUCGCUGGUACACUUGGCACUGGUCUUUUCUUGGGUUCUGGUCAUUCCCUCCAAGCAGCUGGCCCGCUCGGCGCCCUCAUCGCCUACGCCUUCGUCGGCACGACCGCAUACGCCUCCCUCUGCGCCAUCGGUGAGAUGACCGCCCACGCGCCGAUAUCCGGAACCUUCCCCCACUUUGCUGCGCGUUGGGUGGACCCCGCCUUGGGAUUCGCACUUGGCUGGAACUAUUUCUAUACCAACGCCAUCUCGGUCCCUGUUGAAAUCAGCGCCGCUGGCCUUCUGCUCACGUUCUGGGAUGACAAUAGCAAGCAUCAAGCAGGUUACAUCGCCGCCAUCGUUGUCUGCGCAUGUGCCAUCAACAUUUUCGGCGUGCGAUGGUUUGGGGAGUCCGAGUUCGUCUUCUCCAUAAUCAAGUUAUCUCUGAUCACCAUCCUCAUCAUCACCGGCUUGGUAAUCGACCUCGGUGGUGCUCCAAACCACCAGCGUUUGGGCUUCCAUUAUUGGAAGAAUCCUGGUCCGCUCAACGGCGCCGAUCUCACUCCCAGCAAGCCAGGCCUCGACAAGUUCCUCGGUAUCUUGUCCGUGAUCGUUCAGGCCGCGUUCUCCUUCCAGGGUAUGGAGCUUGUCGCAGUCGCCGCUUCCGAGACCGAGAGCCCUCGUCGCAACAUCUCGAAGGCCGUUCGCCGUGUAUUCUGGCGCAUUCUUGUGUUCUACCUCCUCGGUCUCCUCAUUACCGGCAUGAUCGUCCCCUUCAACGACCCAAACUUGCUCUCAGCCUCUGGUAACGCCGCCGAGUCCCCUUAUGUCAUCGCCAUGACCCGCGCAGGCAUCAAGGUCCUUCCGCACAUCAUCAACGCUGGUGUCUUCACCUCCGCCUUCUCCGCCGGCAACUCGUUCCUGUUCUGCGCCUCCCGUGUUCUCUAUGGUCUCGCGCUCCGAGGACAAGCGCCCAAGAUUUUCACGUACUGCACGAAGAAGGGUCUUCCGCUCUUGGCUGUGCUCGCGUCGAGCGCGUUCUCCCUGCUGGCGUUCAUGACCGUGUCUAGCGGCGGUGAGACGGUGUUCAACUGGUUCCAGAGCUUGUCUGCCGUCGGUGGAUUCUUCGGCUGGUGGUCGAUGAACUUGACCUACGUCUACUUCUACCGUGGCUUCAAGGCGCAAGGCCUCGACCGCAAGAAGCUGCUCUACUGGAACCCGCUCCAGCCGUACCUCGCGUAUUGGGGCAUAUUCUGGAUCACCAUCUUCAUCCUCAUCAACGGCUUCACCGUCUUCUGGAACUUCAACGCGUCCAGCUUCCUGACUUCUUACAUCAACAUCCCGCUCUUCUUCAUACUCUGGAUCGGGUACAAGGUCAUCAAGCGAACAAAGGUGUGGAAGCCGGAAGAAAUGGACUUCGUCACCGGCAUCCCGACUGUCGAGGAGACCGAAAUCCCCGAAGAGCCUCCACGCACCAUCGGCCAAAAAAUCUUCGCGAUAAUCUUCUGA